CUCUACGUUAAUGACACAAAGUUGCUCACUCAACCGCACGUGGUACCCCUUUCUGCCGUUUCCCACCUUGCCAUUGAUGGUGAAGCGGAAUUCACGUCAGUGGAGUUCAAGGAUCUGAACAGCGAAGCUGAAAGUGCACAGAGUGAGGAUAUGGCCAGCAGUCGUAGUCACAGUUCCGCCAGUGAAAGCAAGGACCGGCUGCCUGAACUCGCAAGCCAGCCAGGCUUCGUUCGUUUGUCUCAGUCCCGUCGCAGUUACAAUCGCAAGCCCGAUGAUCCAGUCAUGGUACCACUAAACUCUACUGAAGCCAUUGCUGACAGAGAAAAUACAGUCCCUGGGACUGCCCUAAAUAAAGUUGAACCAGCCUCUACUCCGGCACGCCGAGUCAGCUUUGAUCAUAAUGAAUCAAGUGCUGUUAAGCAAAACCCGAAGAGUGCAACGCAGCCGGCCGGUACGGUUGCAGUUGCCACGGCUGCCGGCGGCGGGAAAGGGAAAACCACAAACUCGAAAGACAAAAACGGCAAAGAAACUAAGAAGUCCGAUAAGAAACAUGGCAAGGACAAAAAAUCCAAGAGCGAACCAGCGCUCAACGAGUCCGGUGAUCCCGAGAAACGAAGAAAACGAGAUAAAGUUGCCGACGCCUUCAAGAAGAUCUUUCAUCGAAAGAAGAAGUCCAAAGGCAAAAACGUGGCCUCGAGCAAGCCAGCAGGAACUGGAGCUGGUGCUGCUGGAGCCGCUGCUGCUGGUGCCGGUGCUGCUGCUGUUAAAGCGUCGGCCGGCGCAGGUUUAGAGCACCCCAUGACUGAAUUACCCGACGACUCGGAGUAUGAGUCGGAUUACAGCUCCUCGGAUUCCAGUCUUUCUCUAGACAACGCGCAGGUAAACAAUCCUGCGCUUGCGGCCUCCACGCUACAUGGCGAUGAACCCGCGCUGGAAGGCAACCACUCAGUUGCAUCACUUACGACAGACAACAGCGCAUUUUAUCCAAGACAUAUUGACAUGCCAGCUGCAAACACAGGCACCGAACCACAUCCAGCUGCGGUGCCUGUUGCAGCUCCACUGGGCCGAGACCUGAUGCUGAUGAGAGCAAUGCGACCCGGAGAGAUAAACAAGGUGCAGCAGAAGGUGGAGGCAAAAAUUCAACGCGUUCUCUCAGCACAAGUUCCUCAAGUAGACGCACAGUUUACAAUGCCACCCAGCUCAAAUCAGGCUCAGAGUUCACCUUGGGAUGAUAUUAUGAUGCAGUCAUCCUUACCUGACAGUAAGCCACUAUCUACUGGCCUAACGAGCCCGAGAUCACAAAGUAAGCCACUAGUUGAAGCCAAAAAUGACCUUUCCGGACAGCAGUAUGCAGCUCCCGUCGGGAUGCAGCACCAUAGACGCUCCGGCUCAUCUUCCAGCAGCGAUAGCUCCAUCUCCGCCGACAUGGCCGGUCGUCUCAUCUUGGUAGGACAGAGUCGUGAUUUCAAUGAGCGAAUGAACUCCUAUCGCAAUCGGUUAACAGCUCCUGUUAAAGGAAACUUCUGGGAGGGCCUUGCUACCGAUUCUUCAAGUGACGAUGAUGCACCCAGGCUGAGUACCAUCCCAGACGUCCGGUGA